GCGCGUGCUGAGCCCUCCCGCGUGCCGUCCUUACCCGGCCUGCCCCGCGCGGCCGCCCCCGGAAGUGGACUUCGCCUCCUCAGAAGCGGUGCGUCAGUGCCCGAGGCUCGUGUGUCUGCGGCCGCAGCGCUUGGCGCCGGAGCUCGAGGGGCGGGCCGGCUGCCGCCAUGGCCGGGAGUCAGGACAUGUUCGAAGCCAUCGUGAUGGCGGAUGAGAGGUUUCACGGGGAAGGUUAUCAGGAAGGCUAUGAAAAAGGAAGUAGUUUGGGCAUGAUUGAAGGAAGACAGUAUGGCACGUUACAUGGAGCUAAAAUCGGAUCCGAGAUCGGGUGCUACCAAGGUUUUGCUUUUGCUUGGAGAUGUCUCCUGCACGGCUGCACCACUGAGAAGGACAGCAAAAAGAUGAAGGUCUUAGAAUCGUUGAUUGGAAUGAUUCAGAAAUUCCCUUAUGAUGAUCCUACUUACGAUAAACUUCAUGAAGACUUAGACAGAAUUAGAGGGAAAUUUAAGCAGCUUUGUUCAUUACUAAACGUCCAUCCCGACUUUAAAGUUAGUGCAGAAGGUUCCGGACUUUCAUUUUGAGGAUGACAGACGCACAAAGACGAAACAUCAGGGAACAGAUGUUUCCUCUCCCACGCCAGGUGUCAGCCAGAGCAGCCGGCCGCCACUUCCUCUCCCCCAUCCCGCGGGGCCGAGCUGCCUCAUCGAUCAUCUUCAGGGCCCCUGGACAGCGGACUUGACCUGUGCCAGCCUGGCUCCUUCUUGGAGGAUGAGACCCAGUUUCCAGGACCCCUUGGUCACCCAAGACAGAUGUUCUGGAUUCCAGUACAGACAGAGCCCCUGUUCGCGUCACAACCACUCUGCUCCUGUGAUGCCACCUCCAGCGAUGGGGUCCGGGGAGCUUGCUCUUCUGGCUGAUGAGACGGUGGAGGACACCCGAGGGCUUCUGGGAAAGGUCACAUCACUCUUGAGAGAGAUGGUAUCUCUUUUGGAAGUUGUGCUGUGGGGAUGCGACACCUGGAAUUAUGACAGGCAGCUUGCAAGCAGCUACGGAUGAAGCCAGACCUGGGCAUGGCAGAGCCCAGCCAGAGAGGACCCAGCCCGAGGACAUUGCCGAGCAGCUGUGCUGACUGACCCCCGGGAGGCGCUCUGCUUGCCAGCCUCGGUUAUAGGAGCUGAUGAACGCCCUAGUUCAAGGCCACUUCGGUAGGGCUUCCAUUGUCAGCAGGCGAAGGGAUCCUGCUUGCCCUCCCCCCACCCCACCCCACCCCACCCCACCCCUUCCUGUGCAGGUACACCUCACCUGGUCCUGCUGGAUAUUAACCCUUGUUGGAUUUCACCCCUUUCCAGGGGCUCGUAGAUUUCCCACGGCUCUGGCCUACUUGCUCUGCCCUGUCGGAAAUUCCCAGCAUAUUUUGUGCCAUAUUAUUAGUCAGCUGGGGCUGCCAUAGCGAAUGCCGCACAGUGGGUGCCUAAAACAACAGGCAUUCACUGUCUCCCAGUCCUGGAGGCUGGAAUCUGAGAUCCAGGUGUGGGCAGGGCCGGUUCCUCCUGAGGCCUCUGUCCUCGGCGUGUAGACGGCUGUCUUCUCCCUGUGUCCUCACACAGUCGUCCCUGUGUGUGUCGGUGUUGCUUUAAGGACUCCAGCCCUGUUGGAUUGGGGCCCACCUUGAUGACCUCCUUAAAGGCCCCAUCUCCAAAUAUAGUCACAUUCUAGGUUCUGAGGGGCAGGACUCCAACAUGAAUUUUGGUGGGGACAUAAUUCAGCCAUAGGGUGAAUACAGGGUGGCCUGUAAUAGCCACCCUGUCUGGCUGACUGGACGGACUUAACUUGGGAGAGAAGAAGGCCAUUUCACUUAAAAGUUGAAGUUACUUUGGGACUUCCCUCGUGGCGCAGUGGUUGAGAAUCCGCCUGCCAGUGCAGGGGACAUGGGUUUCAGCCCUGGUCCGGGAAGAUCACACAUGGCGCGGAGCAACGAAGCCCGUGCGCCACAACUAUUGAGCCUGUGCUCUAGAGCCCACGAGCCACAACUACUGAGCCCGCGUGCCUAGAGCCCGUGCUCUGCAACAAGAGAAGCCACUGCAAUGAGAAGCCUGCGCACCGCCACGAAGACCCAACGCAGCCAAAAAUAAAUAGAUAAAUAAAUAAAUUUUAUU